UUGGGUGUAACAGAAUGAUAAGUUAUAAAAUCAAUGGGGAGGACAACAGCUGCAUCAUCAAUUUAUGUGUAUGUGGAUUCGUGAUGCGUCGCGGUCCGGCGCCCCCGCCACCGGCCCUCAUAUUUAUACGCUAAAGCGGGCAUUGCGAAGAGUUCAAACGUGCGUCGGGCGCUCAGAACAGUAGACGAUUGAGAAGCGAUUCGCACCGCGUGGGUAGACAAGGGCGAGUGCAGUGUGCAGUGCGUACGGGUCGAGUCUUGUGUCGCUGAAAGCUCGCUGCGAAGCCUCCAGCUCCCGAGAGCGGCGGCACCGCGCGAGCGCCCGCCUCCGCCGACCGCCUCGCGUCAGUGCCGGGCCGGCCGCGCCGCAGACACCACGCUCCGGGCUUCACGAGACACUCCUCAGCCCAGCUGGACUCUAGUGACAAACAUUUUACCGACCUGCAAUUGACGACCUCGACAUUCGCACUGACACUCAGUUAUAGAGGCGACGGCAGAUGGAUCGGCGGUGCGCGGCGGGGGCGCUGCUCGCGCUGGCCGCCUACAUCGCGAAUACGGCGGCGGCACCUACAACCAGCAACCAAACUGCAUUAGAUUUAUACGAAGGACCUUCGGAAGGAUGUUACUACAACUUCCAGCACUACGGGGAAGGUGACCGUAUCAUGACAAACGAGCCCUGCCUCAACUGCACAUGCCACAACCGAAUGCUGAUGUGUUAUCUGAGGGUCUGCCCCUUCACCAAACCCAUUGGCCAAGACUGCUCGGUUGAAAAGCGCGCUGACCAGUGCUGCCCCAUCGUGACGUGCCCUGAUGUUCCAGUUGACCUACUCACCUCGACUUCGACGUCAUCUCCGUCUGAAUAUGGCGAGACUGGACUCGGCAAAUUGGACAGAUACGGCUGCAGCAUUAACGGGAAAUACUUCCCCGAGGGCUCCAAGGUGCCGCCUUCUCCGAACAAACCGUGCGAACAUUGCUACUGCAUACGAAAUAUGACGACUUGUGUUAUGCAAGAAUGUACUCUUCACGUGGACGGCUGCACUCCGAUUUAUCGUAAAGACGUGUGUUGCCCUGUUCGCUACUCGUGUGAUCACCCCGAGGAUGAAAUACCACUCUUGGACGAUAUGACCACAACGGUGCGACCUACGCCAGGAUUCCUCCUGACCACCACAACUCUUGCACCAGUAACACAAAUGACACAAGAUUGUGUGCACGAUGACAAAAUAUUUUCUGAUGGUGCAUCAAUAAAAACAGAAAAGGCUUGCGAACAUUGUUACUGUAUGAAAGGUGACAUUGUAUGUGUAGUGCAAGAGUGUGGUACUCCUAUGGAGAAUGAGGGCAAAAAUUGCACUUCCAUGCCUCCACAUGAAGGCCAAUGCUGCCCCGACACCUACAUCUGUGAAGGCGAUGAAACGACUACUGAGGUGAAACCUGAUAUUGCAACUGUAACCCCCUUCGAGGAUAUAACUACAUUAUCUCCACCAAGAAGAGUUAGUGUAGAAGGCAGUGGAUAUAGAAGUGAAACAGAUGAGCCAUCGACUGAAGUUUCCCCAUUGGAGCCUGAUACUGAGGGUAGUGGGGAAGAACAACCUUUCAAACCAACCGAGGCCAGUGAAAUGCUUCUUCCGGAAAGCGAAACCUCUCAUCCGUUAAUUGUAACUGAUCAAGAUGAAAUUCCAGACCAUUAUAGUCCAAGCACUACUGAAGUACCCGAAACGGAAUCUAAAAUUACUGAAAAGACAACAACUGAGGCUGAUAAGGGAGAAAAUACCGUGCCAAGUGGAGAUUUUGAAGAAGAUAGUUCAGACAAAUCUUCACCUGAAACAACAACAACUACUAAGCUAGAAACAGAAAAAGAGUCCUCUUACGACGCGAAAACAACUGCAUUACCUGAAGAUGAGUCUUCCCUAAAAUACAAAACUACUCCUCAUGAGGAAAUCACAGCUACCGAACCUGCCGUCAUUGCGGAAUCAACUAUUGCUGACCAUAAGUUACUUACAUCCCCAGAUAGCAUAGUUACUUCAGAAGACCAAGUGGCUGAAACUACGAUACCCACCAGAAGGAAAGAAGAAGAUGAAAUGAUUCCCAAGGAAACAACAACACUGAAACAUUUGGAAGAAUCUACCACUAAAGCAAGUGACAUCAUAACUCCGGAAAGUACUACUUCUUCAUCCAUAGAACAAGAAGUUAAAACUACAACUUCACAGUUAAUUGAAAAAGAAAUAGAGGUUAAAGAAUCAACUACUGAGUCGCCCGUGGAACUAACUACAGAAUCUGAUGUUAUUAAGACAGAUACCCAAACUGCUACGACUGUACAACCUGAAACUGCUACUGAGUUUACUACUGUCGGCAAGGUUGACCUUUCUUAUACUACAUCUGCAAAUCCUAUUGAAAACGAAAUUGAUGAAGAAUCAUUCCCCACAUUGGCACCAGGUAGAAUACCCGGUGAAGGCGAUUGCUUACUUGAUGGUGUCACUUAUAGUCACGAGAGUAUUGUACCCAGUAGCAGUCAUUGUCACACCAGUUGUAGGUGCAUCAGUAGCAUUGUCAAAUGUGAACCAAUCGUUUGUAGCCCACCACCAGACUAUAUGGAUAACUGUCAACCAAUGUAUGAUUCUCCUGAAUCUUGCUGUCCUACUUAUGUAUGUGACCAUCCAAGAGAAACGGUUCCACCUCAAUCACAUAGUCAGAUGGCAGGUACUGAAAGUCCUAUUCCUACACCUACAAUCGAAUGUGAUGGGGACCAAUGCAAAACCGAUGAAGAUAAGAAAGAAGCUACACCAUCUGUACCAUGUACCUCUGAGGGCUGUGCCGAUGAUUCAAAUAAGAAGGCUGACGAAUGUGGAUCUCAAGGGUGCGGUGAAGUUGUCAAUAAGCCAGAAGAAGUUCAUCCAGCUAUCCCUACCGAAGGGUGUAACGGCGAUAGUUGUUCAUCAUUACCAGAUCAUUGUGCCUCGGGUAAAUGUGAAACAGAAAUUCCAAAAGAUCAAACGUGUAAUGAAACGGGUUGUGAAAUUCCUGUCAUUCAAACAUGCCAAGGCGAAGAUUGCGCAACUCAACCUGACGUUACUGGUCCUAAGGAAGCUUUCGCACCUUGUGAUAAUCCAAAUGGCUGUAAAGAUCAAACGUGUAACAAUGAAAAUGGUUGUGAUAUUCCUGUUGUUCAAACAUGUCAAGGCGAUGAUUGCACAAUUCAACCUGAUAUCACUGCUUCUAAGGAUGAUUCCACACAUUGUGACAAUCCAGAUGGCUGUAAAGAUGUCCAAAUUCCCGAAAAAGCACCACAUUGCACAGGCGAAUCAUGCGUAUCUGAAUUCCCAUCUCAGAUACCACAAGAAUCACAAGAUUGUAAGGAUGGCAGUGAUUGUGCUCAAAGUAAUCAGACUCCAACUACUGGAGAAUGCAACGAAGAAGAAUGUAAAACACAACAAGUUCCAGAAAUUAAUAAACAACCUAGUGAUUGCGUUGGCACUAAAUGCACACAACAAAAAGAUCAUGUCCCACACAUAAGUGAUAUACCAGAGUUUAGUACAGAGUCUGCCCCAAGAGUAACUGAAUUACAUGAAGAACUGGAAACAAAAUCUGAGGAACCAGUUACCGAGUUACCAAAGACAACUGCUAUUGAAAAAGAAAUUGAACCCAGUGCAACCACCAAAGCGUCAAUACCAGAAAAGGGCGAGGAAUCAGGUACAACUCCACAAUACGAAGAAAUUGAUAAUGACAAAGAAAAAGAGACUCCUGCAACUAUUUCCAAAAGCCCUGAAAUAGUAACCCAGGCAACAGAGGGUGAACAGGAAGAGAGCAUUACCGAAAGUGCCAACAAAGAAACAACAAUGGCUCCAUUAGAUAUCACUAAGGUAAAAGAAAUAUUACCAGAAGUAACACCAGCAUUCUCAGAAGUUCCCACGACAGAAAUACCAAGCUUAUCUGAUAAAGAUACUACAGAAACAAUUACAGAAUUGCCAAGCUUUGCUGGAACUGAGUUGCCAGAACCAACAUUAAAACCAAUCAGUGAUACGGAGUCUGAAGUUCCAGAAGAUGCUGCUAAAGAUAAGGACACAGCUGAUAUUACCACAACCGAGGGAGCAACUCAAAGUAGCUCUCCCAAAAUAACUGAGGAAACCACUAAAUCACCAGAACUGUUAACACUGGCUCCUGAAACUCUAGACAGAGAUGGCCACGAAAAAUCAACGAAGGAACCAGAAUAUGUGCAAGACACUGAAGAAAAAAUAACCGAGACUACUGAACGUUAUACAUCUGCACCUGAACAAAUAACUGAAAAGGUAGACGUACAACCAAUCCAAGAAGAAGAAUCACAGGGUACGCCAACGACACCAAAAUCUUAUGAAGGUCAAACAGCUGCUCCGGAGGUUCUCGUAACAGCAUCUCCUGAGCCGCAAAGUACUUCAGCACAAGAUGAAGACAAAAAAAUACCAGAACUGCCAGUAUCUACAUCAACACCUGAAGAGCUUGUCACCAGUAAAUCUGACGAUACUAAGCAGACUGCCGGUGAUAUGUCAUUACCAGAUACUACGGAAAUAGCAGAAACGCAAGCCCCAGAGUUAGUUGUUGGUGAAGCUGCGUCUAAACCAGAAGACCUUGAUCUCCCUGAAAACGUUACUCCAGGUGAUUAUGAAAUAACAAAGGCUCCAGUUCAUGAUAUUACUGGUGAACCUGAAAGUCAAACUGAGACACCUAAGCCGUUUAUAACAUUACCUCAAGAAACGUCUGCUGAAGAAUCUGACGAAGACAAAAACGCAGAAACACCGCCACCUGUUAUAGUCGACAUUCAAACGCAAACUCCAAUGUCCAUUGUGAAAGAUCACGAUGACGAUGAAUUUGGCAGCACAGUUACACCUGAGCCAGCAUUAACCACUGAGCGUAGUACUUCGGAAUCAGAAUCACCGGACUCCGUGCAAUCACCGCUGCCAACAAGCAUUCCUGCUAAAACACCAUCGGAAGAGUCAGUAUCUGAUAUUGAAAAAAUGCCUAGUGUGAGUGAUGAAGAUCAUUCGGCUACGCCAACAGAAUCACCUGCAGAAAAGUUGGGAACAUCAGUCGUCGCUGAAGAUGUAUUCCCAACAGAUAAAACAGCUCCAGAAACGGAAACUAGCACUGGUUCUUCACCAGUAUCAGUACAGAUUGUCACUGAACCAAUAAGCUCGGAACCAUCUGUGACAGAAGCUAAUCUCCAAGAGUUUAGUGCCCCACAAGAAGAAACAAGUGACAAUAUGGAAACUAAAUCGCCUACCUCCGUCCCGGAGAGCUCAGUACAACCAACCACUGAAGGAGGAGAAAUAAUUACUCCUUCUCAGGAACAAUCGAAUGAUACUGAAGAUGUUACUGAACUACCAGAAUUAAUAGUUCAUGAACACCCGACGGAACCAUCUUCAAUUGAAAAAGAAUCUGAUCAACCUGUGACCGAAGAGGCUGCUACUAAACAACCACAGGAAAUUAUACCGGAAACGGUAACAUCUGAUGUACCAAUACCACAGGAUGUUCCAUCUAUUACUCCACAAUCUGGGAAACCAGAUCAAGAAUCUAUUACAAAAGCACCGGAAAUCUCCCAAUCCGGAACUACAGAAUCUAAACUAGAUGAUGAACUGCCUCAUAUCCCUGAAUCAUCCUCUACGGGAGCACAAAAAGAAGUAACAGAGGGCCCAGAGUUACAAGUCACGACGAAUACUCCAGAAGUAACUGCUAUAGAUGCCCAGAAGGAUGAAAUAGAAACACCUGCGACCGAAAUCAGCGUUACUAGUGCUCCUAAGGUAUCGGAAACGGAACCGCAAGAAACAAUAACAGAGUCGCAACCUUCUGUAACAGAAACAGACUUGUUCGUAACUCAACCUCAUAAAGAUACUACAGAAGCCCCAGAAUCAAACGAUAUGGUUACCAAGCCCUCCGAUUCUUCUAAAACUGCCUCGGAAUCACAAAAAGAAUCUCCAGCUAUGCCUGAAGAACCAGAAAUACAAUCCCACAUGGAAACAACAAAAACACAAGAUGUUACAACUACUGCUCCAGAAAUAUCUUUAACGCAGUCACAAAAAGAAUCUACGGAAACUCCAGAAUCACAAGAUACUGCAACGAAGGUGGUAGAUAUAUCUCCGGAAACAUCAGAUAAGGAAACUUCAAAAGAACCUAAGCCUCAAGAUACGGUGACCAGCGUACCAGAAUUAUCUGAAACUGAGCCACAAGGAGAAAUUAUGAAAGCUCCAGAGGUAACAGAUGUGGCCACCGAUGUACCUGAGACACUAGAAACAGGACCCAAAGACGAAACCACCCAAGCUCCUGUAGUACAGGAUCUAACAACAAGCCUUCCCGAACUACCUAUUACAGAAACAGUACCUAUAGAAGAUACAAAGAUUCCUAUGAUAGAAGAAAAGGUAACCGUUCUUCCUGAAAUAUCUGGAACUGUACCUUUAAUAGAGGGUACAGAAGCUCCAACGCAUGAUGAUUCUUCAAGUGACGUUCCAGAAGUACAUGCAACUGAACCUCAAAAAGAAGUAACUGAAGCUCCAGUAACAGAAGAUACAGUAACGAACGUUCCAGAGACUUUAAUUACGGAGUCCCAAGAUACACAAGCACCUGAAUCUCAGGAUACUGCGACAAGCUCCCCUGGAUUACCAGAAACAGAACCAAAGAAGGAAUCAACUGCAGCACCUGAGUCACAACAAACUAGUUCAACCAUUCCCGAAACAUCGCCAACUGAAUCUAAGAAGGAGAUUACAGAGCUACCAGAAACCGAUGGAAUUACAGAUGCGCCAGAAAUUUCAGCUGAUACUAAAGCUCCUGAAACUGAACCGACGAAGGAUAUUACAGAGCUACCAGAAACCCAAGGAAUAACAGAUGCGCCCGAAAUUUCAGCUGAUACUAAAGCUCCUGAAACUGAACCGAAGAACGAUAUUACAGAGCUACCAGACACCCAAGGAAUAACAGAUGCACCAGAAAUUACUGCUGAUACUAAAGCUCCUGAAACUGAACCGAAGAAGGAGAUUACAGAGCUACCAGAAACCCAAGGCAUUACAGAGGCACCAGAAAUUUCAGCUGAUACUAAAGCUCCUGAAACUGAACCGAAGAAGGAGAUUACAGAGCUACCAGAAGUCCAAGGCAUUACAGGAGCACCAGAAAUUUCAGCUGAUACUAAAGCUCCUGAAACUGAACCGAAGAAGGAGAUUACAGAGCUACCAGAAGUCCAAGGCAUUACAGGAGCACCAGAAAUUUCAUCUGAUACUAAAACUCCUGAAAAAUCUGGCACGGCAUCUCCAGAGGAAGUAACAGAGGCCCCAGAAACACAAACAGUGGCAACGAUAGCUCCACAAGUACCAACAGUUUCGGAAACGGAAGUGCCGGAAACACCAGAAUCAUCAGAAAAAACCGUAACAGAGCCACACAAUGUACCGACAGAACCAUCCGAAUUAUUAGAAUCUCAAAAACCAGCGACCGAAUUACCUGAAAUUUCACCUGAGUUGGCUACAACUGCUCCAGAAAUAUUAGCAACAAAAUCUGAUAAGGAUAUAACCGAAGAGCCAGAGCAAGAAUUUACAACUAAGACACCAGAGCCAUUAGAGACUGAACCAGAGCCAGAAAAAUCUUCCAUCACAGAAAAGGACGAGUCAGUCACAGAUUCACCGUUAAAAAUAACAACUAAAUUUGAUGAUCAAACUAAAUCUGAACCACAAGAAUUUGUUACUCCCACUGAAUCGUCGAAACCCGAAACAGAAACACCACUAACUACAGAAGUCGGAUCAUCAACUACAUCAGAUAAGAAGAUUACAGAGUCACAGGCAACUGAAUAUCCGGUCAAGAUAGCAGAUUCUGAUUCUGAAACAGAGAAACCCCACGAAGGAGUAGAAAUUGAGACGGAAAUGCCGUUCGUGGAACCCGCAAAGACUGAAUCAUCUGUUUCUGGAUCCAUUGAAUCCGAUACUAAAGCACCUGAAUUGAUUGAUACUGAAUUGGGUGCAACAAUAGGACAAGAAUUGCCUGUGACAGAAAAGCAAGAUACAAGGCGAACCGAACCAACAAGUCCUCCAGUUAAAGAAGAUGUUACCAAAGCUCCAGAAACUUUAGAAACGCCAGAGAAAACAACAAUAAUAUCCGAAGAGCCUGAGCAAACUACAAAAGAAGAAUAUCCAGAAACAACGCCAGACUUAGUAUUAUUAGAGGAACAUACGCAUAAGACUGUAUCCCCAGAUGUAGAAACAAGUACUAGUCCUUCCGAUAUACCAUUAAAGGAAUAUGAACCAUCGACACCUGAAAUAUCCGUAGAAAAGGUAACAGAGUCUGUCCUAAGUACGGAAUCAGAAAAGUCACCGCAAGAAGACGUGGUAUCCGACAAGGAUCAAAGCGUACCAGAAGUGACAGAAACUUCGACACCUGAAAAAUCAACGGAGCCUUUGCCUGUGUCUGAAGAGAUCACCACGAUAUCUCCUUUGCCUGGAUCUCUCGAUACUGAAAAACCACAUAUUGUAGAAUCUAAUGAAAGUUCCACGUUCCCACCCACGACAGCUGAAGAACCAACGGAAAAUGAGAAGCCUUUAGUACCAAGCGUUGAGUCUGAAUCAGAGAAACCACAUGUGGUAGAAACGAAUGCACCUGAAGAAGAAUUUAUCUUAGCAACCACCAAAGCCACAACUAUAAAAGCAGAAGAACAUCAAUCCACGACACCUUCACCGUUACUUGAUAAAUUCGGAAAACCUGAUGAUGAAGUACCAAAACCGGCCGCUGAACCUGAAAAAUCACAACCUGAUGUUACUGACGAAAUACCGAAACCUGGAGCCAACGAAGUCCAACCCACAGAAGAGGAAUUACCAACAGAAGAAGAAAGCCAUAUCCCACCGAGCGGAACUAGUGGUUACGGACAAGAGCCUGAUUACGGAGAAGAAGAUUCCUUCGGUCCUGGUACUUGUCGAUAUGGUGGAAAAGUAUACGUAUCUGCGCAACAAAUACCAAGAGACGAUCCUUGUGAUUUCUGCUUCUGCUUUAGAAGUGACAUUAUUUGCCUUCAACAAAGUUGUCCUCCUCCAAUUCAUGGCUGUCAUGAAGAACCUAUCCAAGGAUUCUGUUGUCCUCGAUAUGAAUGCCCAGUGUCCAUGGCGACUACUCUCAACGUUACGACAACAACAACAACGACGACGACAACAUUGCCACCACACUUCCUACCUCACGCCUACAAGGGCGCUGCGCAGAGAAGAGGCUGUCAAAUAAAGGGACACACCUACAAAGUGGGAGAAGUCGUGCGAGCAUCAUCAGGACCAUGUUUACAUUGCACAUGUGGAGGAGACGGUCAAAUGAAGUGCGAUCCCAAGGUGUGUACGCCAGAGCCCAUGCUCAGACAGAUGAUCGCCGCGGCGGUGUCCGCGAAACGACGAAGGUGAAAUACCCCCCCGAAAAAUGACUCAUUCGCCUGCGACGUCACUAGGGUAAAGAACCUAUGUGAUAAUACUUCCAUCUACUCUUCUAUGCACAAGAAUAAUGCUCAAAUUAUCCCGAAGGAAGGAGUAGUGUAAGAUUUCGUGUCAUAUAUGGUAAUUUUUUUAACUUUCAUAAAGUCAUGGCACGCACAACUCAAUAAUACUUGACUGUGAUUAAAAUAUUAAAUUAGAUUUUUCUAAAUCUGAAUUGUUAGUGUUUUCGGGUCUUCAUUAUUAAGGCUAAUUUAUUAUUAUUAUUUAUCUUUUCAUUAACAAAAGUCAGUGCCAAACGAUAGUGCUAAGUUGUAAUCGACUAUGCCUUUAUGAUAACAGGAGUUUCAAAAUUUAUUAAACUUUAAAGUGAAAACUGACCAAAGCGAAGCGAUUCGAUAUCGAAAAUUGAAUUGAAACGACAAAAUACAUCCAGCUUUGUGUCGUUGGUCACUAGAUCGCCGAAAUCUUGACCAUUUUUACUUAAAUUUACCGAAAUAGUUAAGUUUAGUCAAAAUCUUUGUUUUUACACGAUGUUAUAAUAAGCGAUCUAGUAUCGUGUAAAUAUGAAGUAACCCAUAAGAAUCCCUGAUGUAAAUGCCUUACUUAAUUUGUAAUAAUUUAUAUAUGUUAGGUGUAUAGUACUUAAGCCAUGUUUUAAGACAAGUGACUAUUAUAAUUUAGAAGUUAGAAAAAGGAAGCCACUUCAUGUUGAUAGGGCGAAAAGCGUCCGUCGACGCGAGCGGGGCACACGCGCCGGCGCAGCCUUGGCGAGCGCUUUUCCUGCCUCCACGUCUGACAGAAAGUGACAUCACGACUGAUCUUGUUUUCUCUAAUUCGUGAAGGUGCACAGUUUUUACUAGCACUUAUUUAGUAAUAGUGACCAAUAUUUUUAAAAGUGUUUUGUAAAAAACUUUUUGCAAUAUGAUGUUAAGGAGCAUAUUGUAGGAUCUUUUGUAACUUUUGAUAUUAAAGUGCUGGUAGACUUAAAUACAUGACCUUUCAUGUGUAUCAGAUCAAGACGGGUACGAAAGUUGAUCAGACUUUGCGAUCGUUUUUGGAAUGAUAUUAUAUGUAGAGAUGUAAAUAACGAUCGCAUUAAUUCGUACAAACCUUCUUCUGUGUAUGUAAGUUGUAGUUAAUAUUUCUUCUUAUUUAUUUAAAGUUGUAGUUUUGGUUGUAUAUCAAGAUGAGAUAGGUUUUCCAUACGAGAAAAUAUUAAUCUUCUUUUAUCAAAAAUUACAUUCAGGUUAUCAGGAAAAUAAAUAAUUUUAUUUCAACUCUAUUUUAUUUGUUUAAUUAGUUAUUACCAAGCUACAAUCUAGCUGUCUGUGCUACUGUGCAAGAGAGUUUAAAUAAAAUAUUUCAAAUGAA